CAUAAUGGGAAUUUUACCAUAUUGUGGAACUGAUUUUCAGCAGAAGUAUGUGACAUUUCCACUAGACUGUUACUUUCAGCCCCUGAAUGAUAAUCAUUAGGAAUACUUUGAAGCCAAUGUGUUGUUGUUUUAUGUGAUUUUUAUGAAAGUUAAGAGAGCUGGGAUUAUGGUGCUGGACUGGUUCUCUAACCUCCCCAGCCUACAGUACAUUUCCCCUCCCCCUUGUAGCUGCUCCGAACAUUUACACUAUUCUCUCGGAGGUCCAUUUAGUGUAGUAAAGAGAUGUAUUCACAGAGAAACAAAACAGCAAUUUGCAGUGAAGAUAGUAGAUGUGGCCAAGUUCACCUCGAGUCCAGGCCUCAGUACAGAGGACUUGAAGAGGGAGGCCAGUAUUUGUCACAUGCUGAAGCACCCCCAUAUUGUGGAGUUACUGGAGACCUACAGCUCUGAUGGCAUGCUCUACAUGGUGUUUGAAUAUAUGGAUGGAGCAGAUUUAUGCUUUGAGAUUGUCAAGAGAGCCUCCAUGGGUUUCGUCUACAGUGAAGCUGUGUCGAGCCAUUACAUGAGACAGAUUCUUGAUGCCCUAAGAUACUGCCAUGCCAACAACAUUAUACACAGAGACCUCAAGCCACACUGUGUGUUACUGGCCAGCAAGGAAAACUCUGCCCCCGUUAAGUUGGGGGGAUUCGGGGUGGCUACUCAACUCCCUGAGUCAGGUUUCAUAUCUGGAGAUGAGGAAAUAGUGCAUGGGUUGGAACCUUGGUUUGAUCUGAGAAAUGAUGUAGUUGGUCGUAUUGGCACCCCCCAGUACAUGGCUCCGGAGGUGGUCAAGAGAGAGCCCUACGGUAAACCGGUGGAUGUGUGGGGCUGUGGGGUCAUGUUGUUUACCCUUCUGGGAGGACAUCCACCUUUUGUUGGGACCAAAGAACACUUAUUUGAACAAAUUAUUAAAGGCAGCUACCAUAUGAAGAAACAAUGGCUCAAUAUUUCUAACUAUGCAAAAGAUUUAGUUGUGUAAGCCAGCAAACGGAUUACAGUGGAGGAGGCAUUACAGCAUCCAUGGAUCAAGGAGAGAGGGAAAAUCCCCAAAGUUCAUCUCCAGGAGACAGUGGAGGAACUGAAGAAAUUCAAUUCUAGGAGGAAAUUGAAGGGUGCAAUAAUGGCAGCUGUGUCAAGUUCAAAGUGGAACACAUUUUAUAAUGACCCAGUUGUUCCAGACUUGAGUGAAGAAGAGGUCACAUCUGCUGGAGCUGUGUCCCAGGUUCUGGACUCCCUGGACGAGAUGCAGUGUCUGACAGAGUACACCGGCGAGGAGAAGGACCUCAUAGAAAAAGUCUUCCAAGAUACCAAACUCCAUGCUCUACUGUUGUUGUAUGAUAAGAUCAACACACAGACAGUGAGCCCUGUCCACCCGCCACCAGAUGACGCUGUGGAGAGGUCACGAGAGGUUCAUAAUGUGAUGAAAGUCUGUCCACAAGAAUAUACUACAGUGUGCCAAGAAUUAGAACAAAUUCUGUCGAAACACCAUAUAAUGGCCUUACUUCAAGCACACGAUGUGGUAGCUCAUGAGGUUUAUGGAGAGGAUGCUGUUCGUGUCACGCCCCCUCCUAUCCAGACGUUUUCGAGCCUGAAUGGUGAUUCCUCACAGCCCCCUAGUCCAGAAGUCGAGAUGGAUCCUGGGUGUAAAAUCAAUCGUGUACGACUCGUCCAAUUCCAGAAAAACAAGGAUGAGCCCAUGGGAAUUACUCUAAGGGUGAAUGAAGUUGGUCAGUGUAAGGUUGCUCGGAUAAUGCAUGGAGGAAUGAUCCAUCGACAAGGAACCCUUCAUGUGGGAGAUGAAAUUAGAGAAAUAAACGAAGUCAGUGUCGUUAAUCAGACAGUGGAAAAUCUGCAGAAAAUGCUGAAAUCAUUAAGUGGUAAUGUCACCUUCAAAAUUGUUCCCCAACCAUCAGGCAACGUGCAUAAGGAACGAAAUGAAAAUGGAACACAUAAAGAGAUCUUUGUGAGGGCCCUGUUUGAUUAUAAUCCUGAGGAUGAUGAUAUGAUUCCUUGCCCUCAGGCUGGAGUGUCUUUCAGAGUUGGGGAUGUUUUAAGAAUCAUUAACAAGGAGGACUCUAACUGGUGGCAGGCUAAGUUAUGGGGCGUGGCCCCUACCACCCCAGCAGGUCUCAUCCCCUCCCCAGAGCUUCAGGAGUGGAGAACGUCAAUGUCAUCGAGGGAAAAAGCCAGACACGAACACGCAGCACAUUGUUCCUGGUUUGGAAGGAAGAAGAAGGAUAAAUACCUGGCCAAACACAACUCAAUAUUUGACCAGUUAGAUCUCAAUACCUACGAGGAAGUGGUCUGUCUACCAGCAUUCAUGAGGAAAACAUUAGUAUUAUUAGGUGCUCAUGGGGUUGGUAGAAGACACAUCAAAAAUACCCUGAUAACAAGUCAUCCUGAUCGAUUUGCUUACCCCAUUCCACAUACCACAAGAGCACCCCGAGAAGGUGAAAUGAAUGGAAAAAAUUACUAUUUUGUUGGCCAUGAUCAAAUGAUGAAAGACAUUGCUGCUAACGAGUAUUUAGAGUAUGGAACCCAUGAGGACGCCAUGUAUGGAACAAAAUUAGAGACCAUUCGCCGCAACUCCUCUCAUACCACUGAUUGCAAUUCUGAUGUUGAACUUUCACAGGCGAUUCGUGUGCUGCGGACGGGGGAAUAUGCCCCUUAUAUAGUGUUCAUUGCAGCACCGACUAUAGCCACCAUGCAGGAGGCACUGAAAGUUUUACGCACCGCUGAUUACGCACCUUAUGUAGUAUUUAUAGCAGCUCCAUGCUUCAACGAUCACCUUCUCAGAAAAACUAAGGAUAUGAAUGACAUUAGCUUGGAGAGAUUAGCUACAGAAAGUGAACUUCUUGAAAAAGCCUAUGGACAUUAUUUUGACUUGAAAAUUGUGAACAAUGACAUAGAUGAAACCAUAAGGAAAUUGGAACAUGCGAUUGAUCAAGUCAGUACCACACCCCAGUGGGUGCCAGUCAGCUGGGUCUACUGAAUAGUCUGUGAUGAUUGGUUGUUUAAAUGCUCUGUGGCCCUGAUUAGGCCUUUGUAAGUGAUUUAUGUGACUCUGUUGCCCUGAUUAGGCUUUUGUAAAUGACCUACAUGUAUAUAUUUAUACAUGAAUGUGUAAGCGGCCAUGAUGAGGAAGGUUAAAGGUUAUAACCUUUAGUUAUAACUAUAGAUAAAAGUACUUCUUAGAUAAUCAUGGCAAAAAGUGUUCUUGUCCAUAAACAGGUUCAGAGUAAUUCAGAGAGUAUGUGAAAAUAUAAUAGUAUGAUAUAAAAUGAGUAUGAAACAGGUUUAAUUGAUAUUUAUACAUUUUUUAAAGCAAAUAUGAUACACUGUAGAUAAUAUCAAGGUUGUACAUGGAUUGUGGUGAAAGUAGAAGAUUGUGUACUUGUGUGUUUAUUUCCUAGAGAAAAAAAAAAGCUAGCACCAUUUAAUAUAUAUAUUCAAUAAUUUUACUAUAAAAUGGGCAUGUGAUUUGUUCAAUUUAGAACUGCAGAUGUUUUUUAUUUAAUUCCACAUGGGAAUUUAUUACUAACACUAUGUAUGAUUUUCUCUGGAACUUUGUCACGUCAUACUUAAAAUGCAUUAUAGGGAUGUGUAAUACAAUCAAACAAAUCUGCUUUAUUUUCUUUUUACAAAUUCAAAAGAUAUUGUAAUUUCAUGGAAUUAUGAUCCUAUAUGGAAAAAGUAUAUUUACAGUAAAUAAAUUGAUGCAUUUGUAUAGCAGAUUUUGAUGCAUUAAUAAUUUAUUUACAUGUAAUCUAUCUUCUAAAGACAAACAAGACUGCAUUGUAUUACAAAAUCUGUGAUUUUUGAGAAAUGGUUGUAAAUCUAAUUUAAUAAAUGGUAAGUGUUUGGUGUUUUUUUUUUAGAAAUGUGUAAUUCUUGUCUCAUUACAUGCAAGUAAAUAAAGGUUGUUAUAAGAAUUUGAUAAUCUGUAAAACAUUUCAAACCAUUUUAUAUGUAUACUGCCAAGUAUUAAAAUGUCGAGAGAAUCAAAUUUUUUUGAGAGUGCUAGAUAGAGAAUACAGAUACAUGUAUAUAUGUAUGUGAGAAUAGCAUGGUGCUGAAUUUGUUCUGAUAUAUGUCUUUGAAUUUUUUUGUUAUUUGUUUUUAUGAGCCCUAAAAGUGGUUAUAAGAUAAAUUAGCUUUACAGAUAUACCAGAAGGGAGGGGGGAUUUUGCUGAGUUUGUUUCAGCCCAGGGACCAAGAUGUUUUUUUUUUUGUUUUUUUUUUUAAAACAAAGAAUUUUUCUUCAAUUCUGACUAUUCUGUAUAUCUAAACAUACCAAGUGGAUCUUAAUUGUUAUACUUUUAAUAUCGCAUUUAGGAGGACAUAAUUUAAUAAAUGUAAAAUGCUUAAUUUCUGAAAUAUAGGAUUUGUUUUAACCAAAGUUUAUAAUACAUGUACAUGUAUUCAUAGAUUUUGUUCUUGCAUUUAGGAUUUCAAUUAGAUGUACAUUUAUAUGAAUAAAACAAGUGCAGAAUUUAGCAGAAAUAUAAAAUAUUAAGUAAAAAUAUUACUUGAAAUCUAAGGCCCUUUGUAAGUUUCAAAGAAACUUGUUUUUUUUAUUUAUGUACCAGAAUACAAUGUGUGAUGGAGAAAGAGACUGUGUUUUCCACACUGUUGAAUAUCAAUCUUAUCUCAUUUUGAUGUUAGCUUUAACAGUUGAUUACAGGAGCUCAAAAGCUGUUUAAAUUGCAUUUGAAUAUAAUGCUCCAUACAUGCAUAUGUAUUUUGCUAGACUAAAUAUUUAAAUCUGCGUGUUAGAAAACGAAACUUUGCAAGAUUUUUUGUGAAUUUUAAAAAUAAUGUGCAGAUGUAAUAUGUGUUUCUCAAAUAAGAGUUUUAGUGAUCACCAGUCAAAGUUCAAAGCAGGGGUUGUCUUCAUUUCAGCCAGAAUACUUUAGUUCUAAUCCAUCGUUGGUAAUCCAGGGGUGAUUCACAUCGAUUCUUUCUUUCAUCAGGAAGCUUGUGGACUCAAAACCCGUGGUUUGCGACGAUGGUUCUAAUCUAGUCCUCUUCAUCCUCAUUCGUAUCUUUUAUUUCAUUAUUCUCUCUUGGAUUAUAGUGAUAUAAUACUAGUAUGGCACUGUUAAAUCAAAUCUCUAUAGGGCAGUCAAAUUAACUUUGUAAUAUCCAUUGUUCAGUAUUCAUAUAAUAUCCAUGGUUAGUCAUACUCAUAAUUCCAUAUCCAUGGUUCCCUACCCAUAUAUCCAAUGGGUAUAUGUAUAUUCCACUAAUUUCCACAUCUUGGUGACAACAUAGGACUUCAAUGUAAAAAAAGUAUUCACUGCAAGUGUAUUCCUUACUGAAAUUAAUUGAUUUUUAGCUCACCUCGACGAAGUCGAGAUGAGCUAAUGCUAUACCCCCGGCGUUGGCAUCGGCAUUAGCGUCGGCGUCCCAGGUUAAAGUUUUAGGAGCAAGUCCAUUCCCAAAGUAACUAUAAGCCCUACCUGAACCAAACUUGCAUGGAUGGUGCAUCUAGAGAUGUACACUACCAGACUGGCUUCGGAUGCUGGAUCUGACCUACAUUUUUUAGAUGAGUGACCAGGUUAAAGUUUUUGGUGCAGGUCCAUACCCAAGUAACUAUAAGCCCUACCCAGACCAAACUUGCAUGGAUGAUGCAUCUAGGGAUGGACACUACAAGACUUGCUUCAGAUGCUGGAUCUGAAUUACAUUUUCCAGAUGAAUGACCAGGUUAAAGUUUUUGGAGCAGGUCAAUUCCCAAGAUGAGUAACCAGGUUAAAGUUUUUGGAGCAGGUCCAUUCACAAGGAACUAUAAGCACUACCCGGACCAAACUUGCAUGGAUGAUGCAUCUAGGGAUGGACACUACCAGACUUGCUUUGGAUGCUGGAUCUGACCUACAUUUUCCAGAUGAGUGACCAGGAUCAAGUUUUUGGAGCAGGUACAUACCAAAGGAACUAUAAGCCCUACCAGGACCAAACUUACAUGGAUGAUGCAUCUAGGGAUGGACACUACAAGACUUGCUUCUGAUGCUGGAUUUGACCUACAUUUUCAUUCCCAAGUAACUAUAAGACCUACCUGGACCAAACUAGCAUGGAUGAUGCAUCUAGGGAUGGACACUACUAGACUGGCUUCGGAUGCUGGAUCUGACCUACAUUUUCAUUCCCAAGUAACUAUAAGCCCUACCUGAAGCAAACUUGCAUAGAUGAUGCAUCUAGGGAUGGACACUACAUGUACCAGACUUGCUUCAGAUGCUGAAUCUUACCAACAUUUUCCAGAUGGGUGACCAAAUUAAAGUUUUUGGAGCAGGUCCAUUCCCAAGAAACUAUAAGCCCUACCCGGAACAAACUUGCAUGGAUGAUGCAUCUAGGGAUG